AUGGCUCUGAGUGAACAAGAGGGCAAAGAUCAGAUCAACGCCUUCCCACUCUCUCAUCACCGGAAUCCUCACUGCUUCCGCAAUGUAACCAAGCAGGGUUGGUUUAGGACCUUCCAAUGCGAUGAGACAAUCCGAGCUUACCUUCUGGCCCAACGCUACAUCGAAGAACUGCAGAAAUUCCUAGAGGACGCCAAUUUAAAGGCCUCUCUACGCCUGGAGGCAGCUGUCCACUAUUCCACCUCCUCGAUCGCCGAUUCACCCGCCACCACCCCCGGUUCCCCCAUUGUUGACGUGUUUGCAACAGCACAAAAGUGUGACAAUCGGCGUGUCGUCUCCGCGCUACCCCUCUCCUCCUCCGCCUCCGCCGCCCGCGUCGCUUCUCUGUCGCCUGUUGUGGCCCAGAAGUUGCCCAGCUUUCGGGCCUCCAACCACGAUGAUGUCUGUUCCAAUGGUGGUUACUCUUCCGACCUGGAGGUGAGACUGCCUCAUCAGCAGCAGCAACAGCAACAGCCCUGCAGCGGCAUUCUGAAACCAACCAAGAAGACCAGCCUGCCUUGCCAGUUCUACCACCACCACCACCGCCAGCAGCAGCAACAACAGCAGGAGCUCUCGAUUAACCAGGAGGCAGACCAGACUGAGACGGCAGAGCAGGGGGAGGAGGCGGCUGCGGGCGAGCGGUGCGUCCGUGUCAAAUUACAACAACCCGGGGAA